CUUUUGUUUUUUCAAAAAUCGGUGCCAAAUAAAUGUAGUAAAGUAGAGCCGGGGGGGGAGGGGGGGCGGGGAGGGGGCAUUGAAGCAACCGCUGUGGUAGAAAACUCAAUCAAUCGAUCGAUCUCCGUAAUUAAAUUUGUGAAUCGACUGCCUCACUCCAAAUUUGUUCGCUAAAAUUGUCUUCUCCAGACAUGGAGAGCAUCUUGCCUACGAUGUCGUCUUUCUCGUCUUCUUCUUCGUCAAAAUCAGAUAGGCGAUCAAAAUCAAAGUCUAGUCAAACAUCUUCUAAACAUUCACUAGUAAUGGCAUUAAUAUCCUGCUUCGCUUGGUUAUAUGUCGCUGGAAGGUUAUGGCAAGAUGCAGAGAACAGAGUGUUAUUAGCUACUCUUUUGAAGAAGAAUUCAGACCAGAGACCAAAGAUGCUGACAGUGGAAGACAAGCUAAUGGUUUUAGGAUGCAAGGAUCUGGAGAGGAGAAUAGUUGAAGUUGAAAUGGAAUUAACAGUGGCCAAGAGUCAAGGUUACCUCAAGAAUCAGUUGAAACAGAGUGGUAUAUCUUCAGGCAAACAACUUCUGGCUGUUAUUGGAAUUUAUACAGGAUUUGGAGGUCAUUUGAGGAGAAAUAUGAUCAGAGGGUCUUGGGUUCCAAAUGUUGAUGCUUUGUCAGAACUUGAAGAAAGAGGAGUGGUCGUGCGAUUUGUAAUUGGUCGUAGUCCCAACCGAGGUGAUAGCUUGGACCGCAAUAUUAAUGAGGAAAAUCGAGCGACAAAAGAUUUCUUGAUUCUAGAAAUUCAUGAGGAAGCUCAGGAGGAGUUGCCCAAGAAAGCUAAAUAUUUCUUUAGUUCAGCAAUACAAACUUGGGAUGCUGAGUUUUAUGUGAAAGUUGAUGACAACAUUGAUGUUGACCUUGAUGGGUUGAUUGAGCUGCUCCAAAACCGUCGUGGUCAAGAUAGUUCUUAUAUUGGAUGCAUGAAAUCUGGGGAAGUAGUUUCGGAAGAGGGAAGGGCAUGGUACGAACCAGAAUGGUGGAAAUUUGGAGAUGAGAAAUCGUACUUCCGACAUGCAGCUGGUUCAGUUCUGGUGCUUUCUAAAAAUUUGGCCCAGUAUAUUAACACAAACAGGACCGCAGUUCGGGUCAAACGAUUGGCACAGGACAUGAAUCACAAGGCCUUUACCAUAUCUCUUCAAACUCUUUCACAACAUGCUCCGUUACAGAUCUUCCGGACCUUAUUCACAAACAUUUGGGCCAUCCGAGUCUAUCCAAGCUACAUAACAUGUGCUUCAUUGAAGAGCUAUGCACAUGAGGAUAUAUCGAUUGGAUCAUGGAUGAUGGGUCUUCAGACAAAUUACACAGAUGACAGCCGCCUAUGUUGUAGCACCUCCGGCCAAGACAAGGUGUGCUCAUUAGCUUGAACAGGAAUGAUGUCAUUCCAUUUCAUCUUGCUGUGACAACUCUCCAUUCGUUUGUAUUGGAGCAACCCAUAACUUGAGAUGGAGACAUCCUGUUUCUGCCCUAGGUAUCAUUGACAUUCUUGCUGACGUAAAUCAGCUAUGAUAUACGCUGGAGCUUGGCAAAAUUCUUUUAUAGGAUAUGUACACUACUUUUGGACUAGAGACUGUAAAUUGGAGAACUUCAGUUUCUUAAAGAUGGAAAUAUUUGUGGAUAUUUUUGACGAACUGAUUAAAUUAGUGGAACAUGAUUCUGUUCUUGCCGUGAUCA